AUUUGCAUGACCCCGCCCCCCGGUGGGCGGGGCGCGGCGGGGGGCGCGCGGCCAUGGCGGAGCGGGAGGAGCGGCGGUUCGUGGAGCUGCCGCGGGAGUCGGUGCGGCUGAUGGCGGAGAGCGCCGGGCUGGAGCUCAGCGACGAGGUGGCGGCUCUGCUGGCCGAGGACGUCUGCUACCGGCUGCGGGAGGCCACGCAGAACAGCUCCCAGUUCAUGAAACACACCCGGCGGCGCAAACUCACGGUGGAGGACUUUAACCGGGCGUUGCGGUGGAGUAACGUCGAGGCGGUGUGUGGCUACGGCUCCCAGGACGCGCUGCCCUUCCGGGCCAUCAAGGAAGGCGAGCUCUACUUCCAGGAGGACCGAGAGGUCAACCUGGUGGAGCUGGCCCUGGCCACCAACAUCCCCAAGGGCUGCGCCGAGACGGCCGUGCGAGUGCACGUCUCCUACCUGGAUGGAAAAGGCAACCUGGAGCCGCAGGGGGCCGUCCCCAGCGCCGUCUCCACGCUGACAGACGACCUGCUCAAGUACUACCAGCACGUCACCCGGGCGGUGCUGGGCGACGACCCCCAGUUAAUGAAGGUGGCCCUGCAGGACCUGCAGACCAACUCCAAGAUCGCCGCCCUCCUGCCCUACUUCGUCUACGUGGUCAGCGGGGUGAAAUCCGUGAGCCACGACCUGGAGCAGCUGAACCGGCUGCUGCACAUCGCGCGGAGCCUGAUCCAGAACCCCUUCCUCUGCCUGGGCUCCUACGUGCGCAGCCUCGUCGGCAGCGUCAUGUACUGCGCCCUGGAGCCCUUGGCCGCCUCCAUCAACCCCCUCAACGACCACUGGACGCUGCGGGACUACGCCGCCAUGCUGCUCAGCCGCGUCUUCUGGACCCACGGCGACCUGGCGAGCGGCCUGUACCCCCAGAUCCUGCUCUCCCUGCAGAAGGUGCUGGCCGACCCCGUGCGGCCGCUCUGCUCCCACUACGGCGCCGUGGCGGGGCUGCACGCGCUGGGCUGGCAGGCGGUGGAGCGGGUGCUGUACCCCCACCUCCCCACCUACUGGGCCAACCUGCAGGCCGUGCUGGACGACUACUCCGUCUCCAACGCCCAGGUCAAGGCCGACGGACACAAGGUCUACGGCGCCAUCUUGGUGGCUGUGGAGCGGCUGCUGAAGAUGAAGGCUCAGCAGACGCCGGUGUCCGGCACCAGCCAGCGGCCGGAGGGUUCCCCGCGGCGCAGCCCCCGACCGGAGCCCCCCCCCGAGCCCGGCCUCGGCCUGGGCCGUCCCCUGCUGCAGCUGGGGGGGGGCGGGGGCCCCCCGGCGUCCUCCCCCCCCGCCUCGCCCACCCCCUCCCUCCGCGACAUGUACCGCGAGCUCUACGACUUCUUUGGCGACAGUUUGGCCACCCGUUUCGGCACCGGGUUGCCACCGGCCGCCAUCCCCCCACCCAGCACCCCCGAAGGGACCCGGAAGGAACCGGCAGCGGCUUUCGGCGGCGAGGGGGUGACGCGAAAGAUGCCCCAGCUGACGGCCAACGCCACGGUGAGCCCGCGGGAGGAGGAGAGCCCGCGCUGCGAGCUCCCGGCCGCCCGCCCGGCGCUUCACCGGCCGGCCAGCUUGCCACGGCCCCGGGGCGCUCCCCGCCAGCCCGGUGGCCACCGUCCCGGCGCUCGGGAGGUCUUCCAGAAAUGCCGUUUUGCUCCGCGGGGCGCCCCGCGUUUCAGCUUCAUUAUCGCGGGUCGUCAGGCCGGCCGGCGUUGCCAAGGGCGGAUGUUCCAGACCAGUUUCCCGCAACAUCACGGACCGGGGCACGUCUCCCGAUACGCCCAAAAAUUGCCCAUGAUCGGCCGAACGGCCCGGCCGGCUCGGAGAUGGCCACGCGCCGAGUAUUCCCUCCAUCUCCUCCUCUGAGCCGGCUGCUCCGUGUCCCUGAGCCCCGAUUGUGUCUUCCCCCAGCGGCGCCGGACCGGUGCAUCCCACGUCAUGGGGGUCCGUGGCUGCCACUGGCCAUGGUGGCCUCCAGUGGUCAAUAAAAAGGCGUUUGUAGGAGGGUUUG